AUGGAUGAAGAAAAUGAAAAAUGGUCUAUUGAACAUUUAAAAAAUUUAUCAGUCACUUCAACUGAAACUUCAAAUACAUUACAAGUCAAUUCAACAGAAGUUUCAGAGACUGUACCAAAUAGUGCAAUUGAACGAAUGGAAUUAUGUAUUAAUAAAAUAAAAGAUAAUCAAAUAAAUGAAGAACAAAAAAAAGAAUUUCUUGCUGAAUUUUGUCAUUGUGCUGAAGAAUUUCAUUCAACAGAAGGUUUUUUUACUCUUGGUGGUCUUGAUAUUCAUUCAACAUUAUUAGAUGAAGAUAAUGAUCAUUGUCAAAGAAUUAUUGUUCAAUCUGGUUUAAAAGAAAAAUUAUUAAAAAUUUUUGAGGAAUCAAAUAAUCUUGAUUUAAAAACAAAAGCAGUUACAGCUAUAUCAGGUAUGAACUAA